AUGACAUGCUCGGACUUCUCGGGUGCUGAGCUUUCCGGCCACGAGCCAUUCUUACUCCAGGCUCGUAUUCCUGAUGGACACCCCCAGUUUCUCGCUUCCGACUUGUUUCAGGAUCAUCGUGCGCCGCAGCCGAAGGGAGACGCCCACGCGAUCAUUGCGACACCGCCGCUGGCGUUCGCGGUGCGGCGGCGCGACCCGGAGUUCGUUGGUCCGGCCGCGCCGACGCCAGGUGAAACCAAGCGUCUCUCUGACAUCGACGACCAGGGUACGCUGCGCGGUCACGUUUCGUUCGCUCUCGUGUACCGCGGCCGCGUGCCGGAGGACGGCGACGUCGCGCAGGGCGACCCGGUGAGCGUCAUCCGACGCGCGCUCGGCGAGGCACUGGUACACUACUACCCGCUGGCUGGGCGGCUGCGGGAGGUGAAGGGGCGGAAGCUGGUGGUGGACUGCACCGGUGAGGGGGUGCUGUUCGUGGAGGCCGACGCCGACGUGACUCGGCUGCUCUGCGGUGGCCUCGUCCUCACACUCCGGCUCAACCACACCAUCUGCGACGCCAUCGGCAUCGCCCAGUUCCUGAACGCCGUCGCGGAGUUCGGCCGCGGCCUCCCGGUGCCGACCGUGGCGCCCGCUUGGUCCCGCGACCUCCUCGAGGCGCGCAGCCCGCCUUCGCCGUCCUUCCCGCACCGCGAAUACAAUCAUGUUCCGCUGCCACCGCCGCCGCCGUCAGCGGCGGACGACGACAUGGUCAUGCGUUCCUUCACUUUUACUUCCGCGGACAUUGCCGCGAUCAAGAAACGCCUCCCUCCUCUCCUCCGCGACACGGCCACCAGCUUCGAGGUGCUCACGGCGUCCCUCUGGCGUGCCCGCACCGAGGCGCUCGAGAUCCCGCCGGGCCAGGACGCGUGGCUGGUCUUCAUCGCCAACUUCAGGGCCUUCCCGGAGCUGAGCCUGCCGGCAGGGUACUAUGGCAACGCGUGCGUGCCCCCAACUGCGCUGACAGAUGCCGCCACGCUGCGCCACGGCUCGAUCGGCGAUGCGAUGGCGCUAGUGCGGCAGGCCAAGGCCACGGUGACGGCCGAGUACGUGCGUUCCACUCUCGACGUGCUGGUGCUGCGGGGACGGCCGUGCUUGGCUGUGCACAACGUGUUUGCCGUGUCAGACAACCGGCACGCCGGGUUUAGCCGCGUGGACUUCGGGUGGGGCAAGCCGGUGUACGGCGGCCCUGCCGAUACUAUCUUCGGCGUGGGCUUCUUUGUCGCCGCCAAGGACAGGGACGGGAAGGAUGUGGUCGUGGUGCCGAUUGUGCUACCGCGGCCGGCCAUGGAGCGGUUCGCGGCGGAGGUGGGCAAGCUUUGCAAGGCAUAGAUUGUGGCAUGGCAGUCCGCUUAUCACAUUA